AUGGCCAAUUAUUUACCCCUAGAGAAGCAGAAGAAGCACCGGAAGGAGCAGAAGGGUGUCGUGUUAGGAGAUAUGAAGACUCGUAAUACCUCUGAGUCCCGCGGUUACGAUCCCGUUGCCCGCAGUGGUGCCUCUGGGAAAGACAAUGCUCUCCAGAACCUCGAGGCCGAAAUGGUGGCUUCUGGUGCUAUCUCUGGGGCUGGUAAAAAUGUGGGGACAUUUUGUGUGCCUGAGAACCGUAGCCGUGGCCCUGGCAGCCCAAACACAGAACUUGGACGUGUUAGGCCUUGGACAAGGAGCCAGGGAGAGGUGGGCCAACCGUCGAAAGGCGCCACGUCAUCCAGUGGGAACCCAGCUCAGAUGGAAAGUAGUGGAAGCAGGAAGCAGCCCAACCGAUACCUAGCUACAAAAUGUCCAGUUGGGCCUCAGCUUCUGGAAACUACGGAGUCACCUUCUGCGUCUCAGCCGCCAUAUUAUCUGAGAUCUCGCCGUUCUGAACCUUCAAGAGAGAGCCAGAAAUUCUUGGGACCUUCCGUUAGCACUGCCACCAUGUCACAUCAUGUGUCUACUCCGGCUUCUAAGGUCAGCAGCCAAGUUGUUCUGCCUCUCUCUGGUCUUCACCGUAGUGCACCUGAGUCCAGCUCAGAUGGCAGCAGCUACACCACUCCUGCUGGCCAGGAUCUCCAACAACAGGGCACUCUGCAGGUUCCUCCUGAUCUUGGUCUCGGUUACAGAGAAUCUGAGUUCAACCUUGAUCCCGAAGGUGACGUUCUUCACCCCGGUGCCACUGCGUCUGGUCAUCGUAGCAGUGCCUUGGAGGUUAGCCCUAGUGCCUGCCACACAGGAGCUGCAACACAACGCCAAGAUCACGGUGAGUCCAGGCCUGGCUCUCACCGCCACCGAAGCCCUGCACGAAGGGUGAAGAGUGACUCUGGCCUUGGCGGCCUGACGCGAGAAAACCCAAAGAGACCUUUAAAAGCAACUGCAAGCUCUCCUCCAAGGCGCCCAGUCCGUAUGCGGGCCUCUUCCCCUUCCCCUCCUGGUAGGCUCUAUCCUUUCCCUGGGCAGUAUAAUGAAGGUUUCCGCUCUUCUUCCCCCAGAUCAUCCCCUGUUUCAACUCUGCACUCACCAAUUAGGUCACAUGACCAAAGCUCCUCUCUGUUGAGCGGUAUUUCUGAUACUAGUCCCAAGGCCCUUUGGCGUGCCAUGUCACCUGACCUUUGUAACCUGGAGUCUUCCACUUCUGGGGAAUCAGAGGAAGAGAAGUAG